UUUGUUUUCGGCGGUGUAACGCGGUUAGGGGUGGGCCUUUUUUUUUUUGCCCUUCGAGCCGAAGAAAGCCCACCUUUUCUUUCUCAUUGUCUAGAGCUGUGAGGAAUGUGCCGGUCUGAUCCCACAGAGAGAGAGAGAGAGAGAGAGAGCGAGAGCGAGAGAGAUACACACACACACACACAGAGAGACAGACAGAGAGGGACACACCAGCGUGCUGGAGCUGUUCGCCGCAGAGCUACCUCACUUUCAUCCAGCUUUUUUUUUCAUGGGAAUUAUCAUCGUCCACGUGUCGAGCCAGAAGAACUGACUGGGGGGAAAAAAGUUCAUGAUGGAGAGAUUGGCACUGAUGGAGAUCAAUCUGUCACUUUGUUUGCUCGUCUGAAAGAAUGCAUCCUUCCAUAGUAAUAAUUUCCCCAGCACACUUGCGAGAAUCAAGCAGCAGGGAAGUUGGACUAACCAGAAUAUCAAGUAGCAGUGAGGUUAAGGUGUGAACUCCCCAGAGUUUGAGGACAAUUUCCCAUCCUUCCUCUGUAGGCGUUCAAGACCAAUAAAACACGACUACACAAAUGUGCACCCUUCCACAAAGGCAGCAUAUAAAUCUUACAGUAGCUUAGUAUCGGAUAUCAGUAUGACUGAGUUCAAAGACACAACCAGCCGCCAUCUCAGGCACAAGCUUCAAAGUCUGGGCCGGCGUCUGGAUGAGCUUGAGGAGGCUACAAGUAAGCUCCACAAGGCUGAGGAUGAGCUUCUGGACCUCCAAGACAAAAUCAUCCAAGCCGAGGGAAGUAACUCCUCCUUGCUUGUUGAUGUUGAAGCACUUCGAAAAAGAGUUCUUAAAAUUGAGGGGAAGGAUGAGGAGGUGAGAAAAGCAGAAGACCUUUGCCGAUUGAUAAAGGAGAAGCUAGAAGAAGAAGAGAAUCUAACUAAGGAGCUUAAAGCAGAGAUUGAGCGUCUUCAGCUCAGAAUGACCGAACUGGAGAAGCUAGAGGAUGCAUUUGGGAAGAGCAAAUCAGACUGCACACAGCUUUGCCUGAGCCUUAAUGAGGAAAAGAAUCUUACUAAGAAACUCUCAGCUGAGCUAGAGGCCCUGAAGGCCAGAGUAAAGGAAGUGGACUCCUCUGAGGCAUCUCUGAACCGGGCAGAGCAGGCCCUCACCACAGAGAUGGAGAAACUAAAAAGCCUCACGCAGACGUUUGUUCUGGAGCGCAAAAAGCUCCUGGAAAAACAGAGAGAAGAUGAGAAAAUCAUUCUCAAAUUAACUGAAAAGCUUGAACACCAGAAGAGCAAGGUAGGUUCAUUAGACCAUAGCUUUAAUGAAGCCCACGACCUUAUUAUUGAGGAUGACAUCUCGGCAGGUCUUGGUAGCAAACUGGCAAGAAAGAAGAAGCUCUCGCAUGAUGGCUUGAGAAACAAAUCGGAAAAUGAGAAAAACAGCCUAGAAGAGCAGGAGGACAACAAGAUCAAAGACCUUACACAAGAAGUAGAGAAUCUAAAGUGCCGUCUGAAGCAGCUGGAGAUGGUAGAAGAGGACCUGAAAAACACAGAGUCAAAGCAUGCUGAGCUAGAAGACAAGUUUCUGCAAGAGAGGCGCCACAACCAAGUGCUGAGUGACCAACUCGAGCAGCUGAAGAUUCAGCUUUUUAACAGUAGUAGUAAUGGAAACCUGGUUGUUUCCAGUACAACAAAUGUCCUUGAAAAUGGCAAAGCUGAAACUGAGGAGAUAAACAUGCGGGGAGGCUUCAGGCAGGAGAAGAAGGGUAAGAUUUUGCCUGCCACUGAGGCAGUUAACCCAAAGUAUAAAAAAAGAGACAAUUCACCGCAGCAGCUGAAACUUAAGAGUAAAGAGCUCAGCCAGUCAACAGAGAAAUCCCCAGCAAGGAGGACCCUAAGUCCUGCCCAUAGGCCUAAGAAAACUGGGUUGAAAACUGGGUCUUCAAAUACUGCUGACAGUGGGCUAAAAGAUGGCAUUGAGGAGAAACUUGGAAGUGCCUUUCAGGCCACAUCCAUUGCAUCAAGUGAUAAAAAAGUUUCUGUACUUAGCCGUUACCCUCCUGCUGCCAGUGACCAAAAGCCUGGGAAGGUAUCGGUUAAGCCAGGUAACACUGAAAGCAAGAAAGCAAGUAGAGUUUUGUCUCCACCAGAAAAAGACAGAUUAACUGAACCAGAGUCUUCAGGUCCUCCACAGGAGGUAACUACAGUGUUGAGUCUUUCCCAGGCAAAUGGGUCUUACACUGCGUACAAAUCCCAUGUAAGGUCAUCUGGUUUAAUUGAUCAUGGAUCUGAAGGACACUCGUCAGCCUCUGAAACCGAAUCCGUUGGAUCAAAGCGCUCAGUGGGUGAGCAAGACACUGCUCCUGUAAUAUCUGUUUUAAGUGGCAGAACAACAGAUUCUAAGUAUCCAAGGUAUGCACGAUUGCAUGAUUCUCACUCGGGUGGAUCUUCAACAAGGAGCUCUUAUGAUGAGGAACAGCACAAGGCCCUAAUGAUGGAAGGUGGCUCUCAGGAACCUUUUCAAACAUCCACAGGAAUUGAAAUCCAACGUGUGUGCAGCCCACGUGAGGCUCUAUGCUCUAAGGUACUCAUCAAGCCAGCCAUCAUAGAGUAUGACAGGAAGGAAAUUAUGUCAGGAGGGAGCAUAGAAUCAACACAUACCAAUGAAAAACCGAAAAUAGCCACCAAGCCUAACAAGAUGACCAGCAGCAUUACUUUCUAUCCCAAUGACCCCAGCUCUUCUAGAACCAGCAGUCGAAGCAGCAGUGUUUCAAGUGAACCUCCAUCCAAGGAGCGACACACUUCCACCAGCAACAUUGUCAUUGGGCCAAACACUGAGCUCAGAGGCAGCAUCACCAUUCCCUAUGAAAUAUCCAUUCCCAAAAGCGAGAUCACGCUAAGGCCUGGUGAUGGUGAUAAUGACAACUCUGAUCUUCCCAAUGUCCUAGAGACAGCUCGUAUAGAAACGACCAUUAUGUCCCGAAGCAGUUUGAACUUUCAGUCCCCGGAAAUAGGCUCUGAGCUGAACAACAGCGAGUCUGGCUUUGAGAGCAGUGGAAGUAUUACGACUACUACGGUCACCAGCCGGCGAAGCCACAACAAUGACCACAGCUCAUCCCAGGAUGAUAAUGUGCCAGAGAUGAGGAAUGUGACUGUUAGAAGUGCAUGGAGGAAUCGAGGGGCAGUGUCUGUGGACCAACUUGGUCAGGGACCAAGGCAUGAUGGUUUGGAGGAUGAAAUGGAACCCGCCACAACAUGGAGAGCAUACAGAGCUACCACUGUCCUGGACACGGAGGAGAAUUUAACAUCUCCCAAUGUCACCACACGAACUGGAAAGCCAAGCCCAGCAGAGAGGUACAUGCGGAGGAUCAGUAGUGGAAAUAUUGGUAGAGAAUCUCUGGAGUCCUCACGCAGGAACAAGAGCAUGUCCCCAAUUGAUAGCAGUCUUCAAAGGAUCAUCUCUCACGAGCCUGUCUGUGCCCAGCAACUGCAACCAAGGAUGCGAAAAGAACCUCCUGCUGUUGACGAGAGUGAGCCAUCAGUAACUUCAUGGAGGGGACAGUCAGCAGGUGACGUGAAUUCGUCUGAGCGGCUCCGAGGUCGAGGAGCGUGGACGGGCAAGGCUGGCGUCGGAGACGGGAGUCGCCCCUGGAGCAGCCGUCAUGACAACUGACCCUGUGCUCCAUUGCUCUUCCACAGGUCCCAUGUGAGAAAUCGCUCUCGUGUUUAGUCUCCGCUGCAUCUCAAUGCUCAGACAUCUCCAAGCAGCACUUGAAAUCUCCUAGCUCUUCUUACACCUCCCCUCACCUGAUCCUGGCCUCUCCCACAGCUGCUCCCGUGUGUGCCCGGGACUGGACGCAUGCUUGAAGAGAGGGAUGUGGAAACGGAGGAGCAGAGGGAAGUGCUGCCGAGAUUUUACAUAGUUUAGGGUGGAUCCCUGUUAUCAUCUCUACUCUGGAAGUGAUGUUGGACACCUGAGCUUUGGGACUACGUGUUACAGAGAGGAGCAUCCUGUAUCUCAUAGAAUCUAUGCUUGUGAUUUUUUUUUUUUCCUUUUUUUUUUUUCUUGCCCCCUCAUGAUCAGGAAUUUUGUCGUGUUCUUGCACAACCCAGGAUCAUCAUGCGAACGCACAGCUUUGCACACACAAAUAUCCAGCAGGAAAACAGAAAGAAUCCCUAUUCGUGCUCACAAAGGAUCUUCUAAUAUCCAUGCGUACAUGUUUUUGUCUGCAUCAACCUUCACAGUGCCAUAGUGUCCCUUUUUUAAAAAACAUCUUUCUUCAUUUUUUGCUCACUUCUGUUUGUCCUCAUGCUGUCACUGGUUAUGAAAUUGCCCAUCAGAAAAUGGCAGCCAGCACUAAACGCAUGACUUUUUUUUUUCUUCUUCUAUUUUUCUCGUAGACAAGCUGCUUCUCAAACAGCGCAGGGUUAUGGAGCGGGAUCACGGUCCAAUCAGUCUUGUAGAUAAAUUUAUGUGUAAGAAACUGGAUACCUGGGUGGUUUGGUUGCUCAGAGUGGAACUUGUAUACACACACACACUUGCACGCUUUGCACAGACAGGAACAAGGCAUAAAGAGAAAGUGGAAUGGUGGUUUUAUUCCCAGUACACAAAGGUUGAAACCAACUGAACCACUUUGCUCCCUCCCAUGGUGCAUUGCUGCAGGAAUGGGACAGCACUUCAGCACUGCAAACGGGAAAAAAAGCAGCAUCGCAAUCCAUCUGCAUGUUCACGCGCUACCUGCUGACACGGGUUGCAGUGAUGUCACAAGCCCUGAGCUCUGAUUGGAUAAGAAGGGUGUUCGAUAUUACAGCAGCUACUGUGAUUGGACAGAGCAUGUACUCUGAAAAUGAGCACUGAUCAGGUUCGUCGUUGUCUUCUUCAGCUUCAGAUUAUUAUUAUUAUUAUUAUUAUUAUUAUUAUUAUUUUUGUUUAACAUACCGAAAUGCUGUUAUGAACAUGCGUCUUAUAACCGAACGCAAAAAAUGAUUGCAGUUGUGGGUCCACUGUCCUGUAGUCCCUGAAAAGUCGAUCCAGAUUUCACUGGAUUCAUGGGAUCUGUCUUUCUCUGUCUGUCUGUCUGUCUGUCUGUCUGUCUAACAGAUUCUGCUCAAAAUGUCGAUACCAUCCUGCCUUGCUGUGUGUAUACCAGUUUUCUUUGUCGUAUCUCUUUAAGAGGAACCCAGUUCAAGUCAUUAUCAUUAAGUAUCAUAUCUUGUGCCGUCAUGGCCAGUGUUUCCCAUUCCAGCACCGUCCGCUUCUGCUGUCACGUAGAUGGUCUUCGUCUAGACAUUUGAGCGCUUAUUGCACUUAAAAUAAUUAGUCAAGAAAGUUACAUUUCCAAUUCCCGCACAUUGUUAAAAAUAUGCAGAAAUAAUCCUUUUUUUUUUUUUUGUUUAAAGAUGUCUUGCAUAGAUCGCAUCAACCACAAAAGUUUGUAAGACAAGAAGAGUGUGUGUGUGUGUGUGUGUGUGUGUGUGUGUGUGUGUGUGUGUGUUUGAGAGUGCUGUGUUUGUGGCAGGAGAGAUCUCCAGCUUUUAAGAUAUCGUGCAUUAUGUUUGACUCAGAUGUGAUUACAACCCCCCCCCCCC